UAAAAACUACUACGCGAAUCUAUAUAUUCAAAUUUAAAUUUGUAAUAUUUAUGAAAAGCUCCCUUGAAUCUUUUUGCUUGUAAGAAGGAAAUUCAACUAUAUCCGUUUGGGUGCAAGAAGAAGAUGAGCUUGCAGCCCCUCACCAAUGGCGAUAAGUCCAAAGCAAUUCUUGCUUUGUUCUCAUCUGCCAUGAUAACAACUUUCUCUGCUUCAAUCUUCUCCUCGUUAAGAUCAGACUCCCUUUUUGGAGCCAUGUCAGUAGCUCAGAAGUAGUUUUCAGAAGCUUAGUUCUUCCAAAAUUUUGAGAGAGAAGCAAAAACAAAAAAAAAGAUCCAAUUUUUGAGUUCAAUCUUAUUCCUCAAGCCUGCUUCUUAUUCCCUCUUGAUAGCAACAGCAAUGGAAUUUCUUCCUUUUUUUCAGUAUUUCUUUCUAUUUCUUUAGGUUUUUAUUGUUCUAUUUGGUUGGUGUCCCAGUGAUCCUUGUCAAUAGUUAGCCAUCUUAGGAAUAGUAUAGUUUGGAAUAAGCUAAUUAUGCUCCCUAUUCUUCUCUUGUUCUUGAAGAUUAGCGGAAUAUGAGGGGCAAUAACCGCGCAAAUAGAGACCUUUGAAUCUUCAGAAUAACGUCGAUGGCUUGUCUUCUUCUUUUUCUUGAGUCAAUGUUGGAUGCAUGAAUUAUUUAGAUGCUUCUUCACUAGUCCUGGCACUUGCUAAGAACUCAAUUCUUAUUGAAAGUUUUGAUUUUUGUUGAUCGUUUUUGAAGUCUUUCGAUCGAUGAAUCUCCAGAGCAAUGAUCCAUUUGAUUUCCCCAACCUUCCUUUAUACCACAACACCAGUUAUCACAGCAAACCAUCUGCUUUCCUGGGCUGUUCUCCUGUGGCAAGAAACUCUAGUUCUUCCCCUUCAUUGGACUUCUCCAGGGUGGAGUCGCCAAGGCACCCGAAUCUGCCAAGUCCUGUUUCCGGCUGUGUUGGGUCAUCACCAUCUGCUUUCUUUGCUGCUGAGGAGCUGAUGGGCUUCACUCAGAUGGAUUUCCACUCUGGUGCAUUCCCUCCAUUGCCCAAGUUUCAAUCAAAGGAAGUUUUUGACUCGGUGUUGAGGUCUCCGACGCCUCCGCCAUAUCAAGUUCAGAGUUUCAACAAUAAUUUCAAUGAGUUCAUCUGUGAAGAUCAACAAGAGAGGGACUGGGAUGCUUCAGUGAGGGGUACAAGUUCACCUCUUGCGAAUGGGUGCCAUAUAUCAAAUUCUCCUAUCGAAAAGAUGAACUUUCAGCCCCCGGUCGAGAAGCAAGUGCCAAGGGCUUUCUUGAGUGUUCCCAUUACUCCUACGAGCGUCUCAUCUGGCAUGGCUAGCUCGAACAAAACACGAAUAAGAUGGACACCAGAUCUCCACCAGCGAUUCGUUGAGUGUGUAAAUUGCCUCGGGGGAUCUGAGAGGAUUCUGAAGUUGAUGAACUCACCUGGGUUAACCAUAUACCAUGUCAAGAGCCAUUUACAGAAAUAUCGCAUUGCUAAGCAUUUGCCAGAAUCUGCAGAAGGCAAAUGCGAACGAAGAGCUACUGCCAGUGUCACUGAGCUUGAUCCUAUAAUUGGCAUCCAACUUACAGAAGCAUUGCGCCUCCAACUCGAUGUCCAAAUGCGCCUUCACGAGCAACUUGAGAUUCAGAAAGAGUUGCAAAUGAGGAUUGAAGCACAAAGUAUGAAGCUCCAAAAGAUGAUAGAAGAACAAGGAAAACCAAAUGAUAGCGCAGUCGGUGCUAAAGAUACCGACAUUUUGUUCCAAACUAGCUCCGCGGAGAGUAUCGAAGAUGAACAGUUGCUGCAUAUGGAAGAUUUGACACAGAAAGACAAUUUUCCAUCAACAAUGAGUUAGACUUUGCUUUCACUACAAGAAGUCUGUAUUCCGGUUCGAUAUGAUCACUCAUGGUGUUCGUUAGGGUUUGCAAGCCACUCUCAUUAGUAAGUCUUCAAGACAAACAGAUAAUCUGAUAAAUUUCAGUGGUGAAUGUAAACUUACAUGAUUAUGCCUAAUUUUACCUGCAUUAUUAAA